AUGCAGGCUGAGACACUCAUCCACCAACAUCCUCCCACUCCGCCUAUCAACGGUAUAGAAUACCAGGCAGGUUUGUCGCACAUUGUGGAAUAUAACGCCGACGGCAGCUAUUCCUUCAGUGAGGUUAGCCACGGUUCUCCAAGACCAAUGGCCCACGAAACGCUCCCUUCGGGCAUGCCAUACAUAAGUGGAAACUCCAGGAACGUACCCGGGUUAAGCAUACAAUAUGACGGUUACGGCCCUGCCACAGAUUAUCUCCAUAGUGGGCAGUACAACAGCAUGCAGAACCAUCAAGGCCCGACGUCACCACCGACACCAAGGUCCCAAGAGGGCGAUGACUCGGUGCAAAGAACCGUAAGAAGCGGCCGAAUCGUAGCACCGGUGACACCACCUCGAAAAAACGAUUCAACUCCUCCACCAAAAGCUCAGCCACGGGUCUUGAAGACACCGAGGACUCGGAAACCAAAAGCGGGAAAAUCUGAUAAACCAAAGACGCCAGAGCUGACAGCUCCCUUGAGCAUUUUAACGAAGGAGCUACAGCACAUUCCCGUCAAAAACAUGGAGGAAUGGGUCAACAGACCCCCAGAAGUAAGACAUCUAGAAGCCCAGAAGCGAAACGGGUAUAUCACAAGACCCAUGAAUUCAUUCAUGCUGUAUCGUUCGGCAUACGCAGAGAGAGCAAAAUCAUGGUGUCUCCAGAACAAUCAUCAGGUUGUCUCUUCGGUAGCGGGCGAAAGCUGGCCGCUGGAGCCAACUGAGAUACGUGAAUUGUACAACGAGUAUGCAAAAAUCGAAAGAAUCAACCAUCAGAAUGCGCAUCCGACCUACAAAUUUUCGCCGAGUAAGGCAGUGGUCUCUGUCAGGAAACGACGAAGUGAGUGGUCGGAUGAUGAGCCGAGUGAUCUAGAGGAUGCAGAAUGGGCUCCUGGAAGUGGCAGCUCUCGUUCGAGACAGGCAAAAAGAAUCGAGCGGUCCAUGAGCUAUCCUCACAACAAUGUGGGGAUGAUCGAGUAUAUGGAACCACGCUUCGGACCAAAUCGCCACGGCGUGAACACAUCCACAUGGGAGAUGGCCAAUGGAGGUAGACAGGUGCCGAUACCGAUGGCCCAGAAUGACCUGUACAACCAAUACUACCAGACCGCUGCGUACCAACAACCCAUGUACAUUGCCAGCGAGUAUAACGAUGCAACACAUAUGCGCAGGGUGGACGCGUCACCGCCUCCUGUCUCUUUCGCAUCAGACAACAGUCUGUUGGGUCUGCCUGGCGGCAACUCAGAUCUGUUGCGGCAAUUCCCGUCUCAUGGUAACACGCCAUUUGACGAUACACAAGUGGAUCCCAUAUUGAUGGGGUAUGCUGGUGGCCACUCUGACAUCAAUCCUUCAACGCUUCAGCACAGCUACCGGCCAGGUCAUUUGAUUGCAGUCGAUGAAAGGCUUCGUCAACAAGAUCUCGAUAAUCUUCUUGAGUUUGGAUUAUCGAAUGAAGAGUUCCGCAAUGGCUCCUGGCAGUCGGAUCCAACGAUAGCAACGCUUGAGCAGGAAUCGGAGUUUGAAAAGUGGAUGGGGGGUGACCAUUAG